AACUGUCAAAAUCAAUUUUUCACGUAGCUCCAGGCAGCAGAAAAUUUUUAAGUGCAAAGAAAUUGGUGUUCAAAUUUUACUAAUUUUUGCCUUUCAAUUACCAAAUCAAAUAAAAACUAAGUGUUUGAAAUGGGCCGUUCUCGUUCCCGUAGCCGAACACCGAAAAAACACAAGAGCAAGCACCGGAAACGAAGCAAAUCCCGAUCGUCGUCCCACAGCAAACAUGAGUCGCAUCGCAGUCACGAUAAAUACAAGGAACACAGCUCCAAAUCAAGGAAGCGCUCAUUAUCCCAAUCGUCCGAUAGCAGCAGCGAAGAACGUCGGCACCAUCGAAAGAAGAGCUCCAAAAGUCGCAAGCUGACGGAAGUAGAGCGAUUGGCUGAAAUGGAGAGACAACGGCGGCAAAAGGAGGCCGAACAAAAGAUGAUUGAGGAAGAGGCCGCCAAACGCAUUGAAUUGCUAGUUAAAAAGCGGGUUGAGGAAGAGCUGGAAAAACGUAAGGACGAAAUCGAGACAGAAGUUCAGCGGCGUGUCGAAGCCGCCAAGAAGCAGAUGGAACAGGAAAUGAUGCUGGAACUAGAAAAACGGCGAGAGCAAGCUAGAGAAGAAGAACGCCGCAGAGAGGAGGAAGAGCUUAAAAAACGACAGGAGCUCGAAAAUAUUAUCGCGGAAAACAAUCGGAAAAUCGAGGAAGCCCAGAGGAAAUUGGCUGAAGACCGAUUGGCGAUAAUAGAAGAGCAAAGAAAAAUGGACGAAGAGCGCCAAAAGAUGCGCAAAGAGCAAGAAAAACGCGUCAAAGAGGAACAGAAAAUGAUACUGGGCAAGAACAAUUCUCGUCCCAAGUUAUCCUUCUCUUUGAAACCGUGAAACCUCGACAUGUACAGUACAGUAGUGUGGGUUUGUGUGCGUGUGGGGGUGCAGCGAAACAAACAAUUACACGUUGUUGUGUGCUCUAACAGUGUACAGUGAUUAGCGUAUCAUCCCACGAACACACGGACCAUUUCACGGGCGCGAGAGUUGACUUAUUUCAACGCUGUGUCGAUUAGUAUACACUAGUCCUAAGGUUCACUUCUAGCUAGUACCUACUCCAGUAAUGAAUGAUCACGUUUGUAAAUCACGCAUCGUGAUGGUCAGGAAAUCAACCGCUGUAAACGGCUGGCUGAUUCCAUGUUCUUCCUCGCCUGCUAGGAAUGUCCUAUGUUCUUGAUUUUAACAAUUCUAGUUGUGAUAACGCUAUUGUUAAAGAUGUUACCAUAUAUUCUAUGCGAACUGAAACUCUCUAAAAGACUGUAGGCAUGGCUUAUCUUUAACGGUAGCGCGUCGCAUUUACAAAUGUACAGAUCGAUUUCUAGGUAUCUUUUUUUUGUUAGGCGAUUCGAAUCGAGUCGUCAUGUGUAAAAAAAUUAUAUUCUGAAAAAGCCAUUUUCGGUUGUGUCGGUAUUAAAUAAAAAACUAAAGUUUCACGUAUAAACAAAUAACCGUUUCCGUAUUGAGAUAACAGUUUAUUGUUAUGGAAAGCACAAUCUUCACAUAAAAGAAACUGUUUGGAACAAGUAAAUUGCCUAGAUUGGCCGUCGUUUUUGGUUUAUUUACUUUCUAACUACAAUUAAAAUGUUUAGUUCACAACAUUGACAAACAGUAGGUCAACGAUAGUGUAAUUUUUUGGCUUGGAUUGGUUGUCGAUCUUAUCUCAUACUUUAUCGACAAGCGAAUACGAAACCUACCAGAUCCAGUCAAAUAUUAUUCUGUACCAUUAAAUAACGAUUAGUUCCAGCCUGUGCUCGUUCGAAAAGAAAGCAAUAUCGUGCAAUAAGCCACAAGCUUCGACACCGUGCGGAAAAUGUUGCAUCAUUAAUUGUAACUCCGUCUAUGAUGGUUAAGUUCCGUACAUACAGAUAGAGCCGAGAACAUCAGCAGUGAAAUAACUCAGCAAACAUCCAAUAAAAAACAAACAACAGUAAAAGUAAAAGUUUUCCAAUUUUGCAAACUUUGAAUAAAUACAGUUUGUAAUUACUCCCAAGAAA